CAUGGGCGGCAAGCAGAGCACGGCGGGCGCCACGGCGGCGGGGCGCUCGCGGGCCGGCGUGUCGAGCGACGACAGCGCGGUGCCGCCGCCCGGGGCAGGCCCCCACUUCGGGCACUACCGGGGCGCGGGCGGCGGCGGCGGCGGCGGGGCCGCCAUGGGCUUGCGCAGCCGCUCCGUCAGCUCGGUGGCUGGCGUGGGCGUGGGGCUGGGUAUGGAGCCCGCGGCGGCGGCCGGCAGCGUCCCCUUCGGCCUCUACGCGGCGGCGGCGGCGGCGGGCGCCGCCAGCGGAGCCACGACGGCCGCGGCCCUGGCGGACUCGGAGCGGGGGCCCGGCGGGAGCGGCGGGCCGGGCGCGGACGCCACCUCUUUCGCCCAUGGCAACGGUUACCAGGAGACGGGAGGCGGCCACCCGAGGGACGGGAUGCUCUACCUGGGCUCCAGGGCCUCGCUGGCCGACGCGCUGCCGCUGCACCUCGGGCCCCGGUGGUUCAGCUCGCACAGCGGUUUCAAGUGCCCCAUUUGCUCCAAAUCCGUGGCUUCCGAUGAGAUGGAAAUGCACUUUAUCAUGUGUCUGAGCAAGCCCCGCCUCUCCUACAACGAUGACGUGUUGACAAAGGAUGCAGGCGAGUGUGUCAUCUGCCUGGAAGAGCUGCUGCAGGGAGACACAAUAGCCCGCCUUCCCUGCUUGUGCAUUUACCACAAAAGUUGUAUAGAUUCCUGGUUUGAAGUGAACAGAUCCUGUCCGGAACACCCCUCAGAUUGACCCUGGCGAUGCUAGCUGACCUCUCCCAAGGUCACCCCGCCAUCCAUCCUUCCUACACCCAAUCUCCUCCAAGCAAGCUCUGGAACCUACUGGGAUGACGACGGAGGGGUGGGGGUUUGUGUUAAAUUCUCAACUUAAAAAAAAGGGCAGACAAGACCCCCCCAGAGUGGAGCCGUGGCUUUCGCAGGGCCGGUCCUCGGCUGCCGCUGCCUGGAGAAGAGAGGAGCGCCGGAGCGCCCGAGGCCAACAGCCAUCCCCCCCGCGGCGCCAUGAUGUUUGUUCGGGCCAGACCGGGCCGCUAGCCAAACGGAGCCCGAGAGAGUCGCUGCCAUCCACCAAGAACUCAGCCCCUCCUCCUGCCACAUGCGGGUCACACCUUUGCACUGACUGGGUGGUGGUGGGAUUUCUCUCCUUCUCUCCCGCCCACCCCCUCGGAACAAGAAGAGGACCCCACCCACCCCGACCUGCCCACCCACAUCCUGAGGAGGAAAGGGGCAUUUUCUGUCACGUUCUUUGAAGGCGUUGUAGGUUUGUCUUUCAAGUGUUUACAAAACAGCCAUUGUGUCAACUGAUGUGUGGUCCUGGUGAUGUUUACAAGACUGCAUCUUCUUGGCCUCCCGGCUUGAGCCACUCCGGCAGUUGAGGAAUUGAAUUCCCCAAGACGUUUCUCUUCUCUCCCCUCCCCGCCUUGCCCGGGGGACAACCCACCUCAUUGCCAAAAGUCCCCCGGCUUUUCCUUCCUCUUCGUCUCGGUUUGAACUUCCCGCUCCGGGGCGGCUUCGGGGGCAUUCGGAAGGGCUGUUGCCAUUCACAAGUGUCCUGCUAAGAUGCCCGAGACUUUCGCAGCCCUGUGUGGAAAAUAAACAGUGAUUUUUCUUAAAACAACACACACACACACACACACACACACUCUCACCGAUCCACAUUUGAGCACGAAGCAGAGACAGUCUCAGCCAUGGGAAAAGCCCCUGCAGGUAGCUUCCAUCCAGCAGGAAAGGUAUCUGUAUUUAUAUAGUAAAAAAAAAAAAAAACUUGAAAAAUUACAAAAAAAACAACAACAUUCAAAGCUUGGGAAGGGAAGCUUCCCCUAUUAGUCAAGGUGUUUUGAUAUGGUAUUAAAUAAUGUUCAAUAAAAUAGUCACUGUUAUUUUA